GUGAGAAAUGAGAUGAUCACCAUAAAGUGACAUGGGUGACGUUCAUCAAGAGAUGUGCUGCAGGACUUCGAAGCGGCCCAUCCCGAUCGCCGUUGAAGCCCUUCAUUUAAACGGCGAUCGAAUCGGCGAUCGCGGAGGCCAUGGCGGCGGCGCUUCUUCUCUCCGGUACCAGAAGGCUUCAUGCUGUUCUAGUGCGUUGGAAUCCUUUCGUUAAUCUUCCUCUCUCAAAUGGAUCCUUCUCCUCCCUCCCCGACGGCAGAAUUUCCACAGCUACCGCCGCCUCGGCUUUCCCCUUCCUCAAUUGCCGUCGCCGGAAGAAGCUUCGAAAGAAGAUGAAGAGCCCCCGUGUCGUCCCCAUACAGAAGGAUGCCGGUCUCAUCAUCCCUGCCUUAGAAUCGAUCGUCCUUCGCGACUCCUUCCUCCGCUUCAUAACCCGCACAAAGUGCUACCUUUCUCGGCUGCCAUGCCAUCGCAUCCCCCUCGCCGACGCCGAUAAGCUCUAUCGCGAGCUAGGGUUUUCUCGAGGUCGCAAAGUCUCCCGCUUUGCUGCCAAACACCCUCUCCUCCUCCACAUGCCCCGCCUCCCGCCUGACUCCAAGCCCUACCUCGCCUUCACGCCGCUCAUGGAUUCCCUCCUCGACGAGGAGCUCAAAAUCAUGGAUGAUAUGGAGGCCGCUCGUGUCACCACUGUACGCAAGCUCCUCAUGUUAUCGGCUGGCCGCCGCAUUCCUCUGGAUAAACUCCAUCUCUGUCGCCUCCUCUUCGGCCUCCCCUAUGACUUUCGCGAUCGCAUCCGCAAGUAUCCAGAGUACUUCCGGGUCGCCGUUGAUCCGAGCGAUGGACGCAAUGUUCUCGAGCUCGUUGAAUGGGACCCGGUUCUCGCCGUCAGUGCCCUCGAGAGGGACUUCGUUCCUGACGAAGCCAGGGUUCGUAGGACAUUUAAAUUCCCCAUCCGCCAUGGAAAGGCGUUACCUUUGGAGGAGGACGACAAGUGGAUGCUAGAGUCUGUUACUACUCUUCCUUUAGUGUCGCCUUAUUCUGAUGGUUCAGCAUUGCAGCCAUGGACAGUGGAGGCCGAGAAGUAUCAAGUUGGUGUGAUUCAUGAAUUUUUGAGCCUGACGUUGGAGAAGAGGGCUUCGAUCCAUCAUAUUGUUGAAUUCAAGGAGGAAUUCAACCUCACCAAGCUUAUUUACCAUAUGUUACUGAAGCAAUCUCGAGCAUUUUAUCUUGCUGGCACCGAGAUGAAUUGGGCUGUGUUUCUAAAGGAUGCAUAUAGGAAGGAUGGGACUUUGAUUGAGAAGGAUCCACAAGUCUUGUUCAAUGAAAAGUUGCAGAGUUAUGCCUUAUCAGAUUCAGAAUACAGAGAACAGAAAGUUGAACAAAGAAUUGCCCGCUGAUUGAGGAUAAGGAAAAACAAGCUUUCUUAACAUGAUCAGUUUUGUUUCUGAAACAUUCAUUUAUUGACAAUGAAUCAUGGAAUGAUAGCAAAGUUUGUGAUGAUAGUGAGGAUAGCAAGGUUGGUUCAGUUUGCUGCAAUAGCAACCUUGUAUAGGAUGCUGUAGGGGAAUGCUAGCUUGGCUUUGUUCUUGGAACGACAAAGAUUGUGCAGAUGUUAACUAGACACUACGCUCAAAUUCAUUUCUUUGAAGCUGAACUAUGCUACUGAGCAAUGAUAGUGGUGCUGCAAAUUGCAUCCAAGAUUAUCAAGAUUAAGAUUACUUAUGAACACUUAAUAUUAGUAAGACAUUUAUAGCAUUGUGAUAAGACACUUAAAUUUUUUUAUAUUUGACACUGUAUCAUCAAGUAUAAUUGAAAUUAAUUGUAUCAUAUUAUACAUUAAAAUGAUAUAUAAUUAUUGUGUUGUAUUUUUGUGCUGUAAGGAGUGACUAUGGAUGACUAGCAUAUGAACUAA